CUGCAACUGCCGUCCCUGUUUAUUUACAUUGCACACACGAAAUUGCAGUUGGAUUGUUUUCGUUUGUUUACAAUAAAAAUAAAGCCGUGCGAUAGGGUGAACUCCAGCCAAAUGCACGAUGCGACGAGUGUGGUGUCAGUUUGUAGUUGCCGUCUGUUGCUGCGUCCACGUGCUCAUCGCCAGCAGCAAUCAUUGGGUGCUUAAGGACGAGCACAUUGUGCAAAAGUUGGAUUCGCCGUUUUUUAUGCGCGAGCCGCACAAUUUGAUUGCAUUCCUCGAGCAGAUACGCUACAACGAUUACGUGGAGCGUAGCUAUCUGGAGCUGCUGCGCAAGCGCGAACAGAUUGCCGAGCACCUGCGCUUCUCGAUGCGCUUUGGCGAAGAUCUGGCGGAGCAGGCAAAAUGUGCCAUGGACUUUUAUGUGCUGGAGAAGAGCAUGUCGUAUCUGAAGAUAACACCCGAUCAAUUCCGACGCAUCAAUUUGCCCGAGCAUCGGGUGCUGCGACAGGCGACGCCGCUAAAAGCGCCGCCAACCGAUGGCGAUGUCGCUUUGGAGCCGAUUUGUGGCGAUUAUCAUGAGCUGGGCGUGGGUCCCGCCACCUACGAUCAUCUGGAGAGCUUCCAGCCCGAGGUGCUCGCCACGGCGUACGUGGACAGGGAGCACGACUCGAACAUUGGCACCGCCAACGCGGAGCUAAUGCGUCGCUUUGCCCUGGACGGACUGCAAAGGCAACCGGAUUCGUGGAAGUUUCACACACUCAGCUCGUACUAUUGGCGCAUUCGUGGCAACGCCUUGCAGGCGCUGCCUUGUGCCCGGUUGGCCACUAUGCUGGCGCCACCCGAGCACAAGGACAUUCCACUCUUGAGCCUGGGCACAAUUCUGUUUCGCAUGGGACGCCUGGCGGAUGCGGAUCUGAUAUUGAGCGCUGCGGUGGAGCAUGCACCGCAGGUAGCCGAGAAUCAUGUGGUGUUAGCCUCGGCGCUGGCAUUGAAGCAUGACUUUAAUCGAUCGCAGCAGCAUUUCGAUGAGGCCGAACGUUUGGAUCCCAGCACUUUGCCGCACACGCAGCAGGUGAGGAAUUUCAUCAGCUGCCUGGAGAAUCUGACUAAGAAGAGCUCCAAGAUUGACAGCUAUGUGAAGUACAUGAAAAACGAGCUGAAGGAGUUCAAGCAGCUCAAAUAUCACAUCUCGCAGCAUCAUGAGCGCUUGGUGCAACAACAGUUGCCACUUGGGGCACGGCGUUUUCUCGAUUCACGUGCCAACAGCGAGGAUCUGCAUCGACGUGGACAAUACUGCAGCACACGGACGCCAAGUGGCUCCGAUGAGCCGAUACUCUUCUGUGACUUUUACUCCGACAUGCAGAUGCGGCUCGAGAGCAAGGACAUUGACAUCGAUGUCCUCGAAAGGGAUUUGAUGGCCAACACGGAGAGCGUGAUACGCCAGGUCUCGACGGAGAUACGCAAACAGUUCAAUCUGGAGCAGCUCAAGGCGGCUAAGGCCACCAAGGCCACGUAGUCGUCGUCGAAGUUCACUCAAUGCAUUCCUCCCUUGGAAACCAUUUUAGAUUCGGGUCACAAAUUAGAUUUUAAUUCUUUUGUAACAUAUAAUUUAAGUGAGCGACUUUUGAUGCCCGGUAGGAAACGGACUAUACAGGAGAUGCCAACUGCAUGGGAAUCGCGUCACAAAUUUGCUUGUAGCUAGGAGUAAACAUUUAGUGUAAGUUGUCUUUUGUACCCUGAAAUUAAGAUAUCUGUCUGUCUGUCCGUCGUUGUAUGUAUUAACAUUUAGUGUAAGCUGUGUUUAAUACCCUGCAAUUAGAGAAUCUAAAGUAUGUUUUCGAAAUUCAAAUGUAAACUACAAAUAAGCUACCGGGUAGCAAC